GCUCCUUGAGCUCCUUCAAGGACAUGCACUUGCUCCUCGCAUGACGUCACGUGCCAACCAAGGUUGUCCGCACGGCUAUAACUAGUGCCUCUCUGUCUUGAGGAACAUCGUCUUACAAUGAGUCGAAAAUCGCCCGCAGUGCCAGUGGGGAUGCAGAGUCAGUCCCGUAUCUCUGCCUACUUCUCCCAGACUUCGUCGCCGGCCAAGAAGCGUCAACACGACAGUGGAAGCCCUGUCAUAGACUUGACCCUUGGUGAUUCAGAGGCGGUUGAGCAGCGACCCAUCAAAAAACUUAAAGCAAGCCAGGAUGGCCGUCCCUUGGAAUACUGGCGUUUCGACCCAAGUCAGCCGUCUUCAGCAACUGUUGAAAGAGCAUCAUCCAUGGACGAGGGCAGAAAGAAGAGACACGAGGAGUUCAAACGCGUCCUACUAGGGGAAAACAACAUUUUCGCUCGUCCUAAGCAUAUUCAAGAGCAAGCCGCACACUCAGACGUGGGGGAAGUGAGUGGAGAGGAUGAGGAUGGAGGCCCUGAAUCCGAUCGCUCCGACGUAGCGUUCAAGGAGCUGACAGAUUUGUUCUCGCAUAAGCCCGUCAGAAAGAAGGGCAAGGCGAGUGCUCCUAGUAUAAAACGAAACAAAGGAGCUUCAGAAGAGAUUGGGCCGAGUGGGCUGCCAUACACUCCUGCGGAACUACAAUCAUUGAAACUUAUCAAAGACAAUCCGGGGGUAGUUCUGAUGAUUGAAUCUGGCUACAAAUAUUAUUUCUACGAAGAAAGCGCUACGAUAGCCAGCAAAGAACUUGGCAUAAUUGCCUACCCGCGACGCAAUCUCAUGACUGCUGGUAUCCCCACUCAUAGGCGUGAUGUACAUGUCAAGAAGCUCCUUUCCCAGGGAUACAAGGUCGGAAUUGUGGAGCAGACAGAGACAGCAGCGCUCAAGAAAGCAAGUGAAACCAGAAACAUGCUAUUUGAGAGGAAACUCACUUAUCUUUAUACUGCCACAACAUACGUUGAUGAAGUCGGAUCUACCGACGACCUUGACAAGUAUGGUGCUCCGUUGCUUGCUUGUUUCCUCGAGUCACCCAGCCGUGGAGCCGUCCCUGACGACCAAGUCUCGAUAGCAAUGAUCGCUAUCACACCCAGUACUGGUGAUGUUAUAUGGGACGAGUUCGAUGAUUCGAUUAUGCGUUCUGAGCUAGAGACACGUCUUGUACACACUCGGCCAGCAGAACUGGUACUUCCGGAGCAGGGAUUGAGUAGAUUGACAGAGAAGGUGUUGAAACAUUUUGCCAGCUCCGCAGCAGGCGAGCAUAGAGUUCGAAUCGAACGCUACGAGAGUCCCAUGGAGUACACAGCAGCCUUUGAUUUUGUAACACAGUUUUACAAUGAUAAGGCAAAACAGGGAGCCAUGAAGGAUCCCAAAAUGGAGGGUGUCCUUGGCAUUAUUGCGAACUUCCCGCAGCGAGUUGUCAUAGCUCUUGCGCACGCUAUUGAGUACCUUUCGGCAUUUAGUAUAGCGGAUGCAUUCCUUGGCGCCAAAUUUUUCUCGAAGUUCGCUAACAGGACUCACAUGUUGUUGAAUUCUAACACUCUUACCAACCUAGAAAUUUACCAUAACCAGACAGACUACACAACCAGAGGGUCGUUAAUGUGGAUUCUUGAUCACACGACAACUAAGUUUGGGGCCAGACUACUAAAGAAUUGGGUGGGCAGACCACUCACCGAUAAGACGAUCCUGCAACAGCGAGUAGAUGCCAUCGAAGAGAUAAUCGCCUGUACCUCCGAAAGACUGGUUGCGCUUCGGCAGGUUAUGAGGAAGCUGCCAGACCUUGCGAAAGGACUCUGUCGGAUUCAGUAUGGGCAAUGUUCUCCCAAGGAGCUUGCAACACUUCUUCCCGCAUUCAACAAGGUCGCAAACGCAUUUGACGGUCUUGUAAACGAGCCUAGCGGUGGCUUCACAUCCAAACUAUUGAACGAAAUCGUUUUGGCGCUCCCGAAACUUAAGGCACCAAUGCGUGACCUGCUGAGUGCCGUAUCCUUGGAAGAGGCUGCCCAAGGAUCCAAAGUGUCCCUAUGGAAAGAUGACGAGAAGUACCCUGCGUUGGUCGAGCUACAGUUGAUGAUUCAAACCGUUGAGUCUGAGUUAUCGGAGGAACUAAAGAGAAUCCGCAAAAUUCUCAGAAUACCGUCACUGCAGUGGACUACAGUCCUUGGCUUUGAGUAUCUCGUAGAAGUAAAGAAAGCUGAUAAUCGCGAGGUUCCUGUUGGCUGGGAACUGGUGUCAAGCACAAAGUAUCUGAGACGUUACUAUACUCCGGAAGUCAAGAAGCUAUUGCAGGAGCGAGCACGGUAUCAGGAAUUGCUCACGGCUGAAGCUAACAAAGCAUACAAGUCUUUCUUGGGCGAUAUCAUGCAAUCAUACUAUCCUGUCUUACGUGACGCUGUGAGUAAGUUGGCAAUUGCCGAUUGUCUUUGCAGUUUGGCGCAGGUCGCGCUUCAAGAUGGUUACGUGCGACCCGAGUUUACUGAAGACGAUGUUCUCGAUAUCGUGGAUGGCCGCCACCCGAUGGUGGAAGCUUUGAGGCCAGAUCCAUUCGUUCCCAACACAAUUUGCCUGGGCGGGGAUUCUCCAAAAAGUGCGAUCAUUACGGGUCCUAACAUGGGUGGCAAAAGUUCAGCAGUUCGGAUGGUUGCUCUCAUUGCCAUCAUGGCACAAAUUGGAUCGUAUGUCCCUGCAAAGGCUGCUAGGAUUGGGAUGUGUGACGGCAUCAUCACGAGGAUGGGAGCAUCGGAUGAGCUAGCGCGCGGACGGUCAACGUUCAUGGUCGAGAUGGCAGAAACCAGUGAAAUCCUCUCUAUGGCCACCCCCAAGAGUCUAGUGAUCCUUGAUGAGCUUGGUAGAGGUACGUCCACAGCGGAUGGGAUGGCAAUUGCAGACGCAGUCCUCCACCACCUAAUACAGGACGUAAAGUGCAAGACCCUAUUCAUCACGCAUUAUCCCCUUGUUGCCAUUGACAUGGAACGACGGUUUCCGAUGGAUGUUCAAAACGUACACAUGAGUUAUACGACGGAAACCCGUAUAGACGGGAGACGAGACGUAACGUUCUUGUAUCGCCUAACCAGGGGCUUUGCUAAAGAGUCGUUUGGAGUGGAAUGCGCACGGUUGGCAGGUAUUUCUGAAGAGGUUCUUGCUGUUGCAAGUGAGCGCUCCGAGCGUUGCCGGCUGUCCGUCGAGGCUCACAACAGCCUAAUUAGAAUGCAUGGUUGUUUUCAUCUUAUCCAGCAGUGUCUCGCAAAUCCACCAGACGCAACCCAGUUGCUACGAGAACUCCGCACCCAAAUGUACCUGCAUCGAUCUACAUUAGGAGCAUAGUGUUACUAUGAUUUGGUUUUCUUUUGUUUCUUCCGACCCGAUUUUUUAGAGGAAUCCGUAGUAUCUACCACUUCAUCCGCCUUGCGUUUUCCUCCAUCGCCACUCCGAGU